UUAAAGUACAACUUCUUUUCUGGGAACAAACGAUGGGGGCAACAAAUUGAAAAAAAAAAAGAAAAAUGGGUUCACAAUUUAUUUUUAGGAAAUGUUUUUCCCGAUUUUGUAAGUUUUGAUUUCAAUAACCUGAAACAUUAUUUGUAUUUGGGCUCAACCCUGUGUCCAUUAAACAUUAAAAUCAUGUCGUUUAAGGGCUACGAGGAUUUCAAAAGAUAUGAUUCAAAACUAGUUCUGUAUCUUCAGAAGAAAAGUGAAAUCAAAGAACAGAAACCGGAAAUAAGAAAGAAAAUACCCAAUAAAAUCAAAAGUAAAAUUGAGAAAGGCGUGAUGCAUAGCUGGAGUCACGUUUUUGCCAGGGAUAAAUUUUGUGACUUUACUAUUUUUAUAGGAGAUGUUGAGUUUCCAUGCCACAGAUUUGUCAUCAAUGCGUGUUCAAAAUUUUUUGAGGCUCUUUUAAGAUCGGACAUAAAAGAAAUUAUUAAAGUAUCAACAACUGUACAUGGAAUUUCCGAAGAUAUUUUUAGACUAGUUCUUGGUGUUAUGUACGGAGAUUCCAGUGCUUUGACUGCAGAAUCUAUGACUGGUGUCUGGAAAGCAGCGCAUAAACUCCAGAUAGACUUUUUGAUGUCUGCUUGUGAAGACUUUAUUCUAGAAAACAUGAAUAUUAAAGACUGUUUUUCAAUUUACGCUGAUGCACAUUUACUCCAGUCGCAAAAAGUUUUAAAAUCGGUCUUAAAUUUUAUGACCGAAAAUUUCGCUUCCGUCGCCAAGUCUGAGAAUUUCGGGGAACUUCUCUAUGAAGAUUUUGUGAACAUUUUGCUCAUGAAAAAUGUAUCAGUCAGUGUAGAUUUUCAAAUCGAGUCUAUUUUGAAGUGGUGCGUUCCUAGCAAGAGUGACGACACGCAAGGUAGCGAAUGCAGGGUCUCCAAACUAAGUAAUUUAUUGCAAGUUAUACAAAUGUCUAAAAUGUCAAAGAAAUGCCUUGCUAGUUUAUUAACCAACAAAUUAGUUCAAGAAGAUACAGCAGCAGUUGCACUGGUGAACGCGCAAGCAGCAAAAAAGGUGUUAGAGUGUGACUAUGACAGCCAUAGGCGUAGCCAGGAUUUUUUUUCGGAGGGGUUUGGGGAGGAUAUUGAUAUUUCCCCCCUCCUGUCCCCCUCCCCCCACCCCCCGAAAAGAAAACAAAAAUAAAAAAAGAGCAUUAACAACACGUAUGUGUGUGUACAUGAUCUUUAUCACAUUCUGACCCUUCAUUCUUUAGAAAGAUGUUUAUUAUGCCCUACAGUGUUUCUUCCUGAAGUUAGUAGAAAAAUUGUUUAAACUCCCCGCCAUUGACAGCAAUGGGAUCUGGGGGAGCGUUUGGUGCUGCCCCAGCGCUAUUCUCACUGCCUUACUGGCACUAAGUUGUACUAGGAUGUCAUCGCAACCCUUAAGUAUGCGUAGUUCAUUUUGUCGGAGAACAUGUCGCAAACCUCAUGCGACGCUCUGUCACAACCUUACUAAGGGGUCGACUCCCAAUUCGGCAUAGGAUUUCCUUGAUUUAGACCCGAUCUCUAUAAAUGACUCCUAAAAUCUAUCUUAGCCAUCUUUGUUGAGCCACAUUUAGUUUUUUCAAUUUCGACAGAUGACUUUUCAAAGCACUUUAUUUAUGGAGCCCCGCCACUGGUAGAAAUGUUUAACCUCUCUUGAAUACGCUCUUGGAAUUAGGUGACUGUAGUUUGUUUUAGAUUUUAUAUUGAAAAGAGAAGUUUUAUCGUCAAAAUCAUCUGUUGUGGAUUUUAAACUAAAAAAUCUCUUUUUUUUUUAAUUCAAAACCCUACUUAGCUACGGUCAUAGUAUUUGGUAACUGUAGUUUGCUUUAGAAUUUUUGUUUAACUCAAAACCAUCUGGAGGGGUUUUAAACUUUUAAGAAAAGCAAACUGUAGGAUAGGGGUUUAAACUCAAAACCCCAAAAUAGCUUGGCUUGGCUACGCUCAAAUAAUUUUUGUGUGUAAUUUGCUUUUUUUAUAUUAAAGAGGUAUUUUUUUUAGCAUCGAACCCCGCUAAAGGGGGUUUAAACUCAAAACCCCUUUUGGCAACUCUCAUAGCAUUUUGAGUGCCUUUUUUAUAUUGAAUAGUUAUUUUUUUUAGCUUCCAACUCCACUGGAGGAGAGUUUAAACUCAAAACCCCUUUGACUACAUUCAUAGAAUUUUGAGUGUAUAAUUACCUUCGUUUUUAAUAUUAAAGAAGUAUUUUUUACCUUCAAACCCCGCUAAAGGGGUUUAAACUCAAAACUGAGUCGAAACCCAUUUACCUACGCUCAUAACAUUUUGAGUGCGUAAUUGAAUUUUUUUUUUAUAUUGAAGAGGUAUUUUUUUUUAGCUUCAAACCCUACUGAAGAGGGGGGGGGGGUUUCAACUCAAUACCCUUAGGCUACGCUCAUAGAAUUUUGAGUGUGUAAUUUGUUUUUUUUUAUAUUGAAUUGGGGGUUAUAAAAUCAAAAUCUUCCCUAACUGUGCUCUUGGAAUUUGGGGAUAGUCCUUUCCUUUUUUUUUUUUUUUUUUUUU